CAUCGCCAGCGAGCGAGGAAGAGCAGGAGAGAAGGGAGAAGGAAGCCAAUAACAGGGAGGUCUAGGAAGGUGGUGAAGGGGGAGGGACGGGGCCACUCCUCCAUCGGUGGGACUGCAGAUUAUUUUGCAUGGAUUGUUGAAGAGAAAAGGGAGCUGCAUUUGUGAAGGGACCAAAAAAUAAACAGCUCACUGCUCGGGCAGGGGCCGUGCAGGGAUCGGGAGCGCCCGGCUGCACCUGGUGCGGUAGGUGCGGCGAUGCCGCGCGCUCUGUGACAGCGAGGGAUGCACGCGGAUGCCCGUGGAGAAGAGGUAGUACCGAGCCUGAGCUGAGCGCGGGGAGGGAUCCCGUAAGCGCUGGGACAAGGAGCAGAACAUGAGCGAGACCAGCCCCUUGCCAUGGUCUGCCGCAGAUGAGUGCGAGCCGCAUUCCCCGGGCUCGCAGCCGUCCCCGCUGGCCUGCAGCGAUGGGGACGAGCAGCCGAGCCAGCCUGCGGAGCCUGCCAGCGGGAGAGCCAGCCCCCGGCACGAUGCUCAGCCCUCCCGGGCGGAGGGGGAGCGCGGGGACCAGCGGGACGAACAUCUGGAAGCGGUGACAGAGCCAGGCGAGAGGCUCAGUGAGCAGGGACAAGGGACAGGCGCUGCCAGCGGGAGCGGCCGUGCGGACGGGGCAGUGCUGACCAACGGGGUGGACGCUGCGCUGGCCGCGGGGCGGGAGCGGCCGCCGCUGCAGCCGCAGGACGGGGACACGCCCGGCCGGAGCAGCCCCGAGCUGGGGGACAGGGGCUCCCCCAGCCUGGAGAUACCGAGCGGGGCCCUCAGCAAGGAGCGGUGGCACAGCGUCCUGGGAUCCUCAGAAGCUCUGAGUGCUGACGAGGCGGAGGAGCAGUUCGGGUUUGCCUCUGGAGAUGCCAAGCUGAGCUGCAGUGACGAUGACAGGGAGCAUUUCCAAUUCAAAGACAUCAGGGAUGGCUUCAGCUCGACCUUUGAGAAGAUCGUUGAGUCUGACCUUAUGAAGGGGACCUACUACAGCAGCCUGGACUCUUUGGACGUGCUCUCCCUCACAGACGAGACAGACAGCUGUGUCAGUUUUGAGGCCCCACUCACCCCACUGAUCCAGCAAAGGGCCAAGGAAAGCCCCGAGCUCUUGGAGCAGAAACUGGCAGCCCAGCAGAGAGAAGCCCUUCACCACAUGGCUGCUGAUAAGCAAGAGCAGGCGGCAGCCAAGGCAGCGGAGGGGGACUUUGGGAGCCCUCUCAGACACUCAAUUACCAGCAGCAGGUCAGAGAAUGUGCUGAGCCGGCUGUCCUUGAAGAGUAUCCCAAACGGGUUCCACGUGGAAGGGUCAGAGGAAGAUGCCACCAAGAUCAUUAACUCCAUCAGCGACGCCAGCCUGAAGGACACCCUGUCAGACUCUGACUCGGACAUGGGCAGCACGGAGCAGCUGGACCAGGGCAGCACGGACACCCUGGCCAACGGCUGCAGGGCGGACAGCGAGGCUGCCAAGAGGUUGGCCAAGCGCCUCUACAACCUCGAGGGCUUCAAGCGCUGCGACGUGGCCCGACAGCUUGGGAAGAAUAACGAAUUUAGCAAGUUGGUAGCAGAGGAGUAUCUCAGCUUCUUUGACUUCACUGGCCUGACCCUUGACAAAGCACUCAGGACCUUCUUGAAAGCGUUCCCGCUGAUGGGAGAGACGCAGGAGCGGGAGCGGGUGCUGAUCCAUUUCUCCCGGCGCUACUGCCAGUGCAACCCCGAAGAGAGCACCUCCGAAGAUGGGAUUCAUACGCUCACCUGUGCCCUGAUGCUGCUGAACACAGACCUCCAUGGCCAUAACAUUGGCAAAAAGAUGUCGUGCCAACAGUUCAUAGCGAACCUGGAUGGGCUGAACGAUGGGAAGGACUUUGCAAAGGAUUUGCUGAAGACACUGUAUAACUCCAUCAAGAAUGAGAAGCUGGAGUGGGCCAUUGACGAGGACGAGUUGAGGAAAUCACUCUCGGAGCUGGUCGAUGACAAAUUCGGAGCCAGCGCGAAGAAAGUGACAAGGAUUGUUGACAGCAGCAACCCCUUCCUGGACAUCCCCCAAGCGCUGAACGCAGUCACCUACAAGCACGGUGUCCUCACCCGGAAAACCCACGCAGACAUGGAUGGGAAGAGAACUCCCAGAGGAAGAAGAGGUUGGAAGAAAUUUUAUGCUGUGCUCAAAGGGACCGUCCUUUAUUUACAAAAGGAUGAAUAUAAACCUGACAAAGACCUCUCUGAAGUGGAUCUGAAAAACGCCAUCCGUGUGCACCACGCCUUAGCCACAAAAGCCUCUGACUACAGCAAGAAGUCCAACGUGCUCAAGCUGAAGACAGCUGACUGGAGAGUCUUCCUCUUCCAGGCCCCAAGUAAGGAAGAAAUGCUCUCCUGGAUCCUGCGAAUCAACCUUGUUGCUGCCAUUUUCUCUGCUCCAGCCUUCCCAGCUGCAAUCUGCUCCAUGAAGAAGUUCUGCCGCCCGCUCCUGCCUUCAUCCAUGACCAAGCUGUGCCAGGAGGAACAGCUGAGGUCUCAUGAAAAUAAAAUGAAGCAGAUUGCAGACGAAUUAGCAGAGCAUAAAUUACAUCCUGUAGAGAAGAGCCUCAAGUCAAAAGAGGCUGAGGAAUACAGGCUCAAAGAACAUUACCUAAUAUUUGAGAAGAGCCGCUAUGAAACAUACAUCAACCUGCUGUGCAUGAAGAUAAAAGUGGGGACAGAUGACCUGGAGAGGAUUGAGACCAGUUUCUUCAAGGUGGAAGCCGACGACAUUGCUUUGCGGAAGACGCAUUCCAGCCCUUCCUUGAGCCAAGGGCACAUGUCUCUCAGCUGUAAGGCAGAAAAGGACAUUUUAGAGCAGAACACUUAACAAGGAACAUGUGCACAGGGGGAUGAACCGGCGAUGCUCUGCGCUCCUGGACUUAGAUUGAUGAGCACAAUUUUACUUAGGAAAUUAUAUGAGCAAAACUGUAGACAUGUAUGACAUGGGGAUUGCUCUAGUGAAAGAAAUCAAAGAAGCUUUAGUUGACACUCUCUGACAAUGCUCUGGCAUUUCAGCAUCAUCUCUUCUUCAUUCCCAACUGCACCAGUGGCUUUUCUUUCCCUCCUGCUGCAGCCUGCACAACAAAGGGAUAUGCUGGUUCUUCAAGGGCUGGGUCGCUCUUUCCUCCGCCAGCCCUGUCUCUCCUCCUUCCCUCCCUGGAGUCCCCAGCGGUUCAUGGUCACAGUCCCCGGCAGUGCAGGAAACUCGGCCGAGACGCCGGUCUGUGGCACCACCAGCGCUCCCAGAGAAGGGCACAGGGUGGCAGGGGCACGUCCCUGCCCCGAGGGGAGCACGGCGCGACAGGACGGGUGUCAUGAGCUGGUCACCGCCCCGGCGAGAGGCGUCUUCAGCACGGCACGUGGGAACGUCACCUGCCCGCGGCAGGAGAAGCCUGAAGUGCCCUCUGUCACCUUAUCCUUUUUAUAUAUAUAUAUAUAUAUACAUAUAAAUAUAUAUAAAUAAAUAUAUAUAUAUAAGGAAACUUUAACGUGGGUUUUUAACCUCAGUGUACAAGUGAAGGCAAGCUGCCUGGGGAAGACACUAGGGACGUGGAGGGUCUGACCAGCCCACCAGGAUGUUCUGAAAAAAUGGAGUAGCUAUGUACCUUUUUUUUUCUUUUUCUCCUUUUUUUUUACUCGAAUGGAAAUCCCACCUGGCUUUGCUGUGAAACAUCGCUCUCCUGUUCCUGCUUAUUCAGACAAACUGCCCAAGCAGCUGCUAAUUUGGCAACCACGGGAUCCACCGCUCUGGGUUCGAGGCACAACUGGAGCCGUGCGCAAGCUCCAGUGGAACCUUUGUGUGCAGGAGUGAUCCCACCUGCCCGUCCCUGCUGUAUUCCUCCAUCCUGCGAUGCACAUGCUGUACUCUUUUAAGUGGGAAUUGUGUUUCUGUUCCUUUCUGCUGUCUGUGGUCCAAUGAUUUACUGUUGUGCUGAAGUGAUUCCUCUGCAUUUCCAUGCCACGACUGUCCUCCCACGCUUUAUUUAUUUCACUGUUUUGUUUGAUCCUUUAUCUCAGAUCGCUUUUCUUUCCCCUAGGUGCGUUCAUAGUAAUCAAGUUCCAGUUUUGAAGGAUCUUGUAGCUGCUAAUUACAGUCAUUUAUUGUUUAUAUUUUGCAGCAUUUUUUAAACAAACAAAAUAAGAUUUAUUUGGACCUUCAGUGUUUGAGAGCUAUGGACUACGGUUUUCCAUGAUGGUUCAUGACACUAAAAACCUCUUCCCAACUUUAUCACCUCUUCUUUUAUCUCUGUUUCUUUGUACAGUUUGAUAGUUUAUUUGAAAUGAUGCACUAAGAAUCAUGUAAAAAAAGAAUAACAAUAAAGCUGAAUCUGUUGGUAAAGAGAA